UGAUGAUUCUCACGAUGAAGAACGACGCUCUGCUUCUCCGUCUGCCCGCCUGGUGUCAAAAAAGAAACAAAAAAAACAUCUUACUUAAAGGAUGUGUCUGAUUUCUACCACGUACCUAAGAAGCGUCUCUGACCAACAGAGGGGGCGGGGUCAUGGAGUCCCAUCAUCAUGUUGUUCACAGUGCAUACCAACGUUGGGCUAUAAAUGAAUACAUCAUUUCUGAGAGCAGUAUUUACAGGUGCUCAAAGUCGCUUUACAGAGAUAGUAGGCAGGACUCUGAGAGGAACUGGGAGCAUGGUUUGGUUUUGUUUGCUGCAUGGCUGAAGAUCCAGAGAGAGAAUGUAUAUCAACAAAGAAGGACUGAUUCUGCAAUCACCCCUCUCUUCUACCAGAUAAGGUCCUGUGAUUAAGGAGUUGUUGCCGUCCUUUCAGCUGUCGGGUGUAAGAAGGAGGGGAAGCAAAGAUGCCGAAACCGAUCAAUGUCCGUGUGACCACCAUGGAUGCAGAGCUGGAGUUUGCCAUCCAACCAAAUACUACAGGGAAACAGCUCUUUGACCAGGUGGUGAAGACGGUGGGACUACGGGAGGUCUGGUUCUUCGGCCUGCAGUAUGUGGACAGUAAAGGCUACAGCACUUGGCUCAAACUCAACAAGAAGGUGACUCAGCAGGAUGUGAAGAAGGAGAACCCUCUGCAGUUUAAGUUCAGAGCCAAGUUCUUCCCUGAGGACGUCUCGGAGGAGCUAAUCCAGGAGAUCACACAGAGGUUAUUCUUCCUGCAGGUGAAGGAGGCUAUUCUGAACGAUGAGAACUACUGUCCUCCAGAGACUGCCGUGCUUCUGGCGUCGUACUCUGUCCAGGCCAAGUAUGGAGACUACAACAAAGAUGUCCACAAGGCUGGGUACCUAACCCACGACCGACUGUUGCCUCAGAGAGUCCUGGAGCAGCACAAGCUUACCAAAGAGCAGUGGGAGGACAGAAUACAGACCUGGCAUGAAGAACACAGAGGAAUGCUCAGAGAGGACUCUAUGAUGGAAUAUCUUAAAAUCGCCCAGGACUUGGAGAUGUACGGAGUCAACUACUUUGAGAUCAAAAACAAAAAGGGCACACAGCUGUGGCUGGGCGUGGAUGCCCUUGGCCUCAAUAUCUACGAACACGAAGACAAGUUGACACCAAAGAUCGGCUUCCCUUGGAGUGAAAUUCGAAACAUCUCUUUCAAUGACAAGAAGUUUGUCAUCAAACCCAUUGACAAGAAAGCUCCUGACUUUGUGUUUUAUGCCCCGCGACUGCGCAUCAACAAGCGCAUCUUGGCGUUGUGUAUGGGUAACCACGAGCUAUACAUGAGGAGGAGGAAGCCCGACACCAUCGAGGUGCAGCAGAUGAAGGCUCAGGCCCGGGAGGAGAAGCACCACAAACAGAUGGAGAGGGCCCAGCUGGAGAAUGAGAAGAAGAAGCGAGAGUACGCAGAGAAAGAGAAGGAGAGGAUAGAGCAUGAGAAAGAGGAGCUGAUGGACAGGCUGAGGCAGAUUGAAGAGCAGACGAUGAGAGCUCAGAAAGAGCUCCAGGAGCAGACUCGCCGCGCCAUGGAGCUGGAGCAGGAGAGAAAAAGGGCGAGGGAGGAGGCCGAGAGGCUGGAGAGAGACAGACAUGCAGCGGAGGAGGCCAAAGCAGAGCUGGCCAGGCAGGCUGCAGACCAGCAGAAGACCCAGGAACAACUGGCUGCUGAACUGGCUGAAUUCACAGCCAAGAUCGCUCUCCUGGAAGAAGCCAAGAAGAAGAAGGAUGAAGAGGCCGUAGAGUGGCAGCACAAGGCUCUGUCCGCCCAGGAGGACCUGGACAAAACCAAGGAGGAGCUGAAGACAGCGAUGACUGUAGUGCCGGCUCCUCUGGACAACAACGACGAGAGCGACCAGGACGAGCACGAUGAGAUCAACGAGGAAGCCAGUGCCGACUUAUUCAUGGAGGGCGUCAGCCAGCUCGACCUCCGCAGUGAAGAGGCUCGCGUCACCGAAGCCCAGAAGAACGAGAGGGUCAAGAAACAGCUGCAGACAUUAAGCACAGAGCUGGCCGAUGCCAGAGAUGAAACCAAGAAGACGCAGAACGACGUGCUUCACGCCGAGAACGUGAAAGCAGGCCGAGACAAAUACAAAACGCUGCGGCAGAUCCGGUCGGGCAACACGAAGCAGCGCAUCGAUGAGUUUGAGUCCAUGUGAGCACCUCUGUCCCCUCAAGGGUUCGUGCUCCCAAACUUUCCCCUUAGCAGCUACCCAGUUUUCAUGGACAACAGAUGCUGCCGUCCCACCAAGUCCACCUCAACACCCAAUCUUGAGAAAUCAUCUUGUCAAACUUUGCCAAAGUCCUGCCGCACACCUCCUCUCUGAAUGUUCCGGAUAUCUCUUGCACGGAGCUGCCUACAUGCCGCUCUGAACGGACAAAUCUCGCUGACUGCAGAUAUCUGUAGUCCUUAAACACAGGAGACAAGAGAAACUGUAAAACCAAAAUGGAAGCAAUUGGGUUUUAUUUUGAGCAAACAUGGCCAUAGAAAGCUGCUUUUGUUUUGACUCUUAUGCAAAGGUUUCGUAUGAUUUCAUGUCUUCAGUUUAAUAUUCCUCUUGUUUUUAAGUUGUUUUCCUCCGCUUUAGUUUGGCUCGUUGUAUUGAUGAUGCCCUCCUUUUUUUAGUUGCAUUCAGCUACAAGCUUUGAAUAAAUAAAAAACGAGGUCAAUAUUUUCAUUCAGCGUCCAAAGCACUUCUUAGGUUACAUCAUUUUAAAAACAUAUCACAAGCUAGCCGUGCUAAUUCUCUUAGCAUCUGUGAGUCGUUAGAGAGCUGAGCCAAGGUCGUUUGAAUCAAACUCAAUGUUACAUUUAUAUGUUUAUACGAAAGAUCACACUGCAGUAUUUUAAUCGUUUUUUUUUCAGGCUAAAGAGCAGUAAGUUAUUGACCCUCGUGGAGAAAAGGAGACGGGUUUCAUUGAAAAAAUGUAGCAAAGGUAACGAAGGGAAAGUGUUUUUCACACGCAGAGGUGAUAGGAUAACAUGUAAUGAGCCUGUUUCGCCUUCGAGCUUUAUGAUGAAGAUAAGCUAAUAGUUGUACAAACCUUCCAGUUGCGU